AUGUUCUUCAUUCCUUCAACGCCAUUCCUCGACUCCGCCUUCGACGUUGCCACCUUACUAUUCAUCUCCGCCCUCAUCGUCCUCUCCCUCCUCUCCAUCUCCUUCAUCUUCAACCUCUGCUUAAAGUCCCGCACAGCCCUCCACCUUCGGCACUUCAACUCCCUCUGGACCGUCCGAUUCCUCCUCGUCAUAUUCAUCAUCUUCUGGUCCCUCAACGAGCUCCUCCGAAUCCCCACCCUCCGCCGCACCUACCUCUACCCUUUCCUCUCCGUCCUCGCCUCCUUCGAGGAGCCCCAGUUUUGCAAAAUCCACGUGGCGCUCUCGUUAGGGUUAUUCGAGCCUGCCUUCCUCGUCACCCUGCUAUUCCUUGUCGAUGCCUCCAUUGAAAGAAAGACCCCCAAUGUCUCCUGGGCCAUCGCAUUCGUCCUCGCCACGUGUCUCCCCAUGCUUCUGGUGCAAGUCCUCUUCCUGUUCUUCCACCCGUUCCACAAGCUCCACCUGCCGCUGCCGGAGAUUUUCGUACGGAACUAUGUCGUCCAGAAGGUCGAGUACGGCAGCAGCAUGGUUUCAUGCACAUACCCUUUGUUGAACACCAUCAUGUUCGCCGCGUUCGGUGGCGCGUACUCGAUGUGGUUCUUGUUUUCGUGCUGGAGGGUUUUGUCGUUGGUGAUCAACAAGGGGCUGAGGUUGAGGAUUUACACCCUGGCCGCCACGGUAUUGGUGCCACUACCACUGCAGAUUAUUCUCAUGGGGAUGACCGUGUUGUGGAAGCCGGACCACCCGGCGUUCACCGCCCUCUCAUUCGCUGCGUUUUUGUCGACGCUAAUUUGUGCAGCCGUGGGGCAGGGCAUUUUGGUCAUUAAGCCCAUCGCAGACUCGUUAGCUGCCGGAGAAGAUCGCUGCCGCUUGAUUCGGAAGCGGAAGCCGGCGGAGGGGGUGCAGAUAAUUGUGUCGGCUGAUUAG